AUGAAACAAUAUCGAAAACGAUAUGGUAUUAUACAUGCUGAUGAUAAUUCAUAUAUUAUUGGUGGUUAUAUAUUUGAUCCAAUUAAUAAAUUACGUAAAUUACCUGAAAAUGAUUAUAAAUAUAAUCCUAAAACUGAUAUUCUUCAACCAAUUGUUUCAUUACCAAAUGCGGUUGUGAGUUUUGGACUUGCUAUAGAUGGAAAAUAUAUUGUUGUAAUUGGUGGUCAUACUCCCUCAAAUAAACCAUUAUCACAAUGUUAUAUAAUGGAAAUAAAAAACUUUCCAGAAACAUGGACUUCUUUACCUGAUCUUCCAUUACCUACAUCUGGUCCAGGAGUUGGAAUAAUUGAUGGUGAAAUACAUGUUAUAGGUGGAUUUGAUAUUAUAUCUUAUGAAAGUAUAACACAUGGUGAAUAUUAUCGUUUACAAUGGCCAAUAGAUACUCAAUGGAAAAAAGAAACAUCUAUUGAACCUAUAAGAGCUCGUUCAUUAGUUGUUUCAGUUCCAAAUGAAAAUGUUCCAUUUAAAAGAUUUAUUUAUGUAGCAGGUGGUUAUGAUGUUAACAUACAACGUCGUCCUAUAGCAAUACCAACUGUUCACAUGUAUGAUGAAGAGAAAAAGAAUUGGAAAUUAAUAACAACUAUACCUAAUUUACAAUUUAAGCAUGGUCUUUCAUUUUAUGAUGAUAAAUUACAUAUAUCUCAUUCAAUAUUAAAUAUAGAUAAUCAAUAUAAUACUCAAAUAAUUCGUUCAUAUGAUUUUAAAACAAAUCAAUGGAUUGAAUCAUCAAAUAAUUUAUAA